AUGGAUUCAUUGAAAGCUCCAAACACGGCUGCACAGGCGAAAGCGUUCACCGGUCCCGACUCGCUCCUCUACCCAAUGUCGUCGCAAGACAUGAGUGAAACCAAGCCAUCCAUCGAAGAUGAAAUCAAGCCCUCCACUGAAGUUGCCGAACCUACUGAGAUCGAAGGCGAGGAUAGCGCCACUUCUGGUAUCGUGCCCACUUUACAGAAUAUCGUUGCUACCGUCAACUUGGACUGUCGUUUGGACUUGAAGACCAUUGCACUCCACGCCCGUAACGCCGAAUACAAUCCAAAGCGUUUCGCCGCUGUCGUGAUGAGAAUCAGGGAACCGAAGACAACCGCGUUGAUUUUUGCAUCGGGUAAGAUGGUUGUUACCGGUGCUAAGUCGGAAGAUGAUUCCAAGCUAGCGUCGCGUAAGUACGCUAGAAUCAUUCAGAAAUUAGGCUUCAAUGCUAAGUUCACCGACUUUAAGAUCCAGAAUAUUGUUGGUUCGUGUGAUGUCAAGUUCCCGAUCAGAUUGGAAGGGUUAGCAUUCUCGCAUGGCACUUUCAGUUCCUACGAGCCUGAAUUGUUUCCUGGUUUGAUCUAUAGAAUGGUUAAGCCUAAGAUUGUGUUGUUGAUUUUUGUCUCCGGAAAAAUUGUCUUGACUGGUGCUAAACAAAGAGAGGAAAUCUACGCUGCUUUCGAGGCUAUCUAUCCCGUGUUGAGCGAAUUCCGUAAGUCCUAA